AUGACGAAAAAAUCGUCUCGUCGUGUUUUUAUAGUCGAUUCUACAUAUUUGCCGGCACCAAUAAGUGAUAAGAAUAAUUGGAAAUUAUUGCUGGCUUGUACCCUACGUCAUGUACCUCUUGCAAAAGAAGCACUCUCGCAAAAUGCAAACAUCAAUUGUAGAAGGUCUGAUUAUUUAACUCCUUUACAUAUCGCAGUUCAACAAGAUGACAUAGAACUUAUUCAAUUACUUUGUGAACAACCAUCCAUUAAUUUUGAGGCAAAAACCGUAGACGGGUUAACGUCACUCCAUAAGGCUACUUUUCUUAAACAUAUAAAUGUGAUUAAGAAAUUGAUUGAGUAUGGAGCCAUAGUUAAUUGCACGGAUAAUUUGGGCAGAUAUCCUUUGCAUUAUGCCGCUUUUCGAAAAGAUAUCGAAAGCGCCACAAUUCUACUGAUAAAUGGCGCUAAUGUGAAUGUUUUCGAUAUUUUUGAGGAAAGUCCAUUGUAUAUGAGUGUUAUACGAAGACCCUCUCUUCCUAUGAUUAAAUUGCUAUUGGCUCAUGGAGCUACUGUUUCAUCUGCGUUAGAUCAAAUCUCAUUAGGAGUACUUCUUAAUGCCAUGUUAUACACACGGAACACAUCUGACACGAAAAUACUCGAUCUUUUGUUUCAAAACAGAGCCAACGUGAAUACAACAGAUUCUAUCGGUUUACGCACGCCACUUCACUUGGCAGCUAUGACAGGAAAUUUAAAGUUGGCUAUUUAUCUUAUUGAAAAAGAGGCCGAUUUAUACCGGAAGAAUAGAGCUGGUCAUACACCAAUGGAAGUAGCUUUAAUGUAUCGUAAUUAUAAAAUCGUACGAUUAAUAGAGCAUUCUUUGUCAAACGAAUCAAAAGUACAUAUGACGCAAAGUAUAAUUAGUUUAACGCAUGACUAA